CUGGUUUGGGUGCGCGGGGAUGUGGCGUGGCGCUGCUGGAUGUUGGUUGUUUUUGGUGUAUCCAUCAUCUCCAUCCCUGCAUGACUCCAGACAGACAGACAGGGAGGGAGGGGACGUCCUGCUUGACUUCCCUCCCUUGUGUGAGCCAGAUGGGUACAGAUCCCUGUUUUAGAGGUCGAUUUGCGCGUAGUCGUUAACGAGGCUUGCAGCGCUUUUCAUCGACCCGUCAAAAGAUCUUCUCGGAGUCGGUUUGAGACCGUUUCUACCUCCCCCGUUGCCUUUUAAAAGGCCUGCUUUGAGGGUCUAAAAUUAGGCGGUGCCCCUUUAAUCGGCGCGUGUGCAACACACUCCAAAAAAAAAGUGCGCGUUGCGUCCUGCCCUCGCACUUAUGACACGUGUGUGAAAUGCUGCGUGCUGUCCUUGCAUCUCUUGUUAACGCUUUCUUCCCUCAGGUGUUGGCGGGAGUGGCGCGCGCGUGUCGGCGGGUGUGACGCAGCUUCAGGAAAGCAGUGGCUAUCGGGAGUGAUUUUUUUUAGUUAGAUUUUUUUUAGUUCGCUUUCCCUGUUGUAGGAAGGGACGUGGGUAGCUUCAGACCCCAAAUAACCGUCCUCUAUUGACAAAAUUGGUUUGUUGAAGUAAUGCUUCAACAUGAAAUAUAUUUGUGUUUCGGAAGGAAUUAGACUCUUACCCGCGAUCUUUUAUCUUUCAAUUUAGCAACCAGGACUCAUAGAGGUGAUAUCUUUUAUUAAACCAAUAAGAUUUUUUUGCUAAAAAAAAUAUUUUAAUUGCAAGGUUUUUUGGGUGUUUGUGUCCAAAAGCUUGCAAUUAAAGAAUUUUUUUUUUUUUUGCAAAAAUCUUGUUGGUUUAAUAAAGGGUAUCAUCUCUACUAUGAGUCCUGGUUGCUUUUUCCUCUGGACCAAUAUGGCUAAAACCUGGAGACUCUUCCAACUUAGAGAAGUCUUUGGUGUUGGGAAACGCAACUUGCUGAUCUCUUUUUCCCCUCCAGUUGUGUUGAGGUGACUGUCUCAUGUGGGAUUUAUCAACCGAUGUUAGCUCGGUGGGUGAACAGGAGCGGAGUUGACUGAAGAGCAAAGUGAAGGAGAGGAAGCUUUAUGGGAUGCAUUAGAGGCUUGUUUUUGGAGCUGGCCCUGGUACUGAGUGCUUCUUUUGACUUCAGAUGAAUCUCAAACAUGGUUUCUUUUUAUCAAAAAUACACUGAACGGAUGAUUUCAGAGCCACAUGUAGCAAACCAGGGCAGAUUAGCGAACUUCCAUCUAGAGUAUGUACAGAUGCCAGUCACCUCACUGUAGGCACCAAGUAACUUCCAGCGGACAUGCGAUGCUAAGCUAUGCAGAAGUCCAAGAAGAAAACAUGGAUCAGCCCAGUGGAAGGAGUUUCAUGCAAGUACUUUGUGAGAAAUACAGUCCUGAGAACUUCCCAUAUCGUCGUGGUCCUGGAAUGGGGGUGCAUGUGCCAGCAACGCCGCAGGGAUCACCUAUGAAAGAUCGUCUCAACCUCCCAAGCAUUCUAGUACUGAACAGCUGUGGAAUCACCUGUGCAGGAGAGGAGAAUGAAAUUGCUGCCUUCUGUGCUCAUGUGUCCGAGCUGGAUCUUUCUGACAAUAAACUUGAAGACUGGCAUGAGGUCAGUAAAAUUGUGUCAAAUGUUCCCCACUUGGAGUUUCUAAACCUGAGUUCCAACCCUCUGAAUUUGUCAGUUUUAGAGAGAAGGUGUGCUGGGUCUUUCUCUGGUGUCCGCAAACUUGUGCUCAACAACAGCAAAACUUCCUGGGAAACAGUCCACACAAUACUCCAGGAAUUACCAGACUUGGAGGAGCUCUUCCUGUGCCUUAAUGACUAUGAAACAGUGUCUUGCUCUCCGGUUUGCUGUCAGUCUCUCAAAUUGCUCCACAUAACUGACAAUAAUCUUCGGGACUGGACUGAAAUCAGAAAGCUUGGAAUUAUGUUUCCGUUGCUUGACACCCUUAUCCUGGCUAACAAUCACGUAAUGACCAUUGAAGACUCGGAAGAUUCUCUGGCAAGGCUGUUCCCAAACUUGCGAUCCAUAAACUUGCACAAGUCAGGUCUACACUGCUGGGAAGACAUUGACAAGCUAAACUCUUUCCCCAAGCUUGAGGAAGUGAAAUUGUUAGGAAUCCCUCUUCUACAGCCCUACACCACUGAGGAGCGCCGGAAGCUGGUAAUAGCCAGAUUGCCGUCUGUCAUCAAGCUAAAUGGGAGCGUUGUUGCUGAUGGGGAACGAGAAGAUUCGGAGCGCUUCUUCAUUCGGUAUUAUUUGAAUUUCCCCCAGGAGGAAAUCCCAUUCAGGAUGAGUUUUCCAUUAUUGCUUAGAACCUGGGUUGUCCUUAUGAUCAUCAUUUCACGACACCAAGCUCAGGCCAUGGAGGUCCUGUAUCCGUUCUGGCAGAACGAAACUAAAACCCCCAAAGUUGAUGAUGGAAGCUCCCCAGAGAUUAAGCUGUCCAUCCCGUUCAUCUUCUUCGGCGUUCCCUACAAGACCGUUUAUGUCAACAACAAUGGAGUUAUUUCCUUCAACGUGCUGGUCAGCCAGUUCACCCCAGAGGCCUUCCCCCUUGCAGAUGGCCGGGCUUUUCUUGCCCCUUUUUGGGCAGAUGUCCACAAUGGGAUCCGAGGAGAAAUAUACUACAGGGAGAGCGCUGACCCUGACCUGCUGAAGAGGGUCUCCAGAGACAUCAGGAAAUACUUCAAAAACAUGCCCUCUUUCUCUGCCACCAGCAUCUUCAUGGCCACCUGGGAAGAGGUCACUUUCUACGGAGGCAGCAGCACCACCCCUGUAAACACCUUUCAAGUUCUCCUGAUCUCAGAUGGAGCAUCCACCUUUGUCGUGUUUAACUACGGGGAAAUCAACUGGACCACCGGAACGGCAAGUGGGGGAGAUCCCCUUACAGGACUUGGUGGAGUCAUGGCUCAGGCAGGAUUUAAUGGUGGAAACAUGACCAAUUAUUUCAGUAUUCCUGGUUCGAGGACCCCAGAUAUAGUCAACAUUGAAGACACAACCAAUGUAAAUGUCCCUGGACGCUGGGUGUUCAAAGUAGAUGGCCGAGAAAUUGACCCAGCCAAUGGCUGCAGCCUGCGAGGCCAGUUUCUCCGUCAAGGGGAGAUAUUCUGGGACAACUCCAACUGCACCAUCAAGUGUCGCUGCCUGGACUUCAACAACGAGAUCUUCUGCCAGGAGAUGCCUUGCGGCCCCUACGAAGCAUGUGAGCCGAAGGACAAGUUCUACCAGUGCGUGCCCGUGGAAAGCAGCACCUGCGUGGUGUUUGGAGACCCACACUACCACACCUUCGAUGGCUUCCUCUUUCACUUCCAGGGUUCCUGCUCCUACCUUCUUGCCAAACAGUGCCAGUCAGGGUCCAACCUGCCAUUCUUCAGUGUGGAGGCCAAGAAUGAGAACCGAGGCAGCUCCUCCGUCUCCUGGGUGAAGGACAUUGCAGUGGAGGUCUAUACUCACAAGAUUAUUAUCCCCAAAGGGAACUUUGGGAAAGUUAAGGUAGACGACUUGUUCCUGUCCUUACCCAUCACCUUGGAACUGGGGGCAAUAAAAAUCUACCAGAGUGGUUUGUCAACAGCGGUGGAGACUGAUUUCGGCCUUUUAGUGACUUUUGAUGGGCAGCAUUAUGCCUCCAUCUCCAUCCCAGGCUCCUACAUUAAUGCCACCUGCGGCUUAUGCGGGAACUACAACAAGAAUCCUCAGGACGACAGCCUGCGCUCAGACGGGAGGCCGGCCGUGUCGGUGCUGGACCUGGGGGAGAGCUGGCGGGUAUACCACCCGGACUGGAAAUGCACCCCGGGCUGCUUGGACAACUGCACCCUCUGCGAUUCUGUGAUGGAGUCCCUCUACUUCUCACCAGAGUACUGUGGCUUCAUCAACAAGACCAACGGCCCUUUGUGGGAAUGCGGCGCUAUUGUAGACCCCACAGCCUUUGUCCACAGCUGCGUUUAUGACCUUUGUAGCAUCAGGGAUAAUGGCACCAACCUGUGCCAAGCAAUACAGGCUUAUGCCUUGGUGUGCCAAGCCCUUGGGAUCCCGGUGGGAGACUGGAGAACCCAGAUAGGGUGUGCCACAGCAGUGCACUGUCCGGAGUUCAGCCACUAUUCGGUUUGUACCAGCAGCUGCCCGGCCACAUGUUCUGAUCUAACCGCUCCUCUGGCCUGCGGCUCCCCCUGCACCGAGGGCUGCGAGUGCAACGAAGGCUACGUUCUCAGCACAAACCAGUGUGUCCCCAUCCAGAAGUGUGGCUGCGAUGUUUUUGGUCGCUACUAUGCCAUUGGGGAGUCUUUCUGGGCCACCUCGGACUGCACAGUGCAGUGCUCGUGCGAAGACGGUGGGGAGAUCAAAUGCUUCAACACCACGUGCCAGGAAGGGGAGGUCUGCACCGUUGAGAGCGGCUACCAAGGCUGUUACCCCAUGCGAGAGACCUUGUGCCUGGUGAGCCAGAACCAGGUGCUGCAGACCUUCGAUGGCGUGGCGUUCAUGUUCCCACCGGAGCACUCCUACACGCUGCUCAAGACGUGCCCCGACAGACCGGAGUUCCUGGAAGUCGACAUCAGCAAAAAGAAACCCGAAGCCUCCCCUACGGGGCUUCGAGCCUUGAGGAUCCAAGUGGCCAGUCAUGAGGUCAAGAUCGGAGGCACCGGCCCGACUGACAUCAAGGUGAAUGGCUACGAAGUGGACCUGCCGUUUUUCCACCCUUCUGGCCAACUGGAAAUUUACCGUAGCAAAAACGGCACAGUGGUAGACUCUGAAGGGCUCCUGACUAUUCAGUACUCCGACAUGGGUAUCCUGGAGAUACACCUCUCGACCAGCUACUUCAACUGUACAGGAGGGUUGUGCGGCUUCUUCAAUGGGAACAGCAGCGAUGAGUUCUGCCUCCCCAAUAAAAAGUGCACCGAAAACCUGGCCGUCUUUUUGGAGAGCUGGACCACAUUUGAUGAGAUCUGUAAUGGGGAAUGCGGGGACCUGCUCAAAGCCUGCAACAAUGACUCGGAGCUGCUCAAGUACUACAGGAGCCGCUCCAAGUGCGGGAUCAUCAACGACCCCACCAACAGCUCCUUCUUGGACUGCCAUGGGGUGGUCAACGUGUCGGCUUACUACCGAACGUGCCUCUUCCGCUUGUGCCAGAGUGGAGGAAACCAGUCGGAGCUCUGCGAUUCGGUGGCUCGUUACGCCGGCGCCUGCAAGAACGCAGGGGUGGAUAUCGGCCAGUGGAGGAGCUACAGUUUUUGUCCUCUCGUGUGUCCUGAGAACAGCCACUUUGAGGAGUGCAUGAUCUGCACGGAAACCUGUGAAACCCUCGCCAUUGGCCCUGUCUGUGUGGACAGCUGUGAGGAAGGCUGCCAAUGCGAUGAAGGCUUUGCCCUCAGAGGGACUGAGUGCAUCCCCAGGAGUGAGUGCGGCUGCAAUUUUGAGGGGCAUCAGCUCUCCACCAACCAGACCUUCUGGAUGGACAUCAACUGCCAGUCCUUCUGCUACUGCAAUGGGUCUGACAACAAUGUGUACUGCGAGAACAUCCCCUGCAAGGAGGAUGACUACUGCCUGGAGGAGAAUGGCCUCUAUUACUGCCACCCCCGCACCGAUGCCUCCUGCAUUGUUUCUGGCUACAGCCAUUACUUGACCUUUGAUGGGUUUGCUUUUGACUUCCAAAGCAGCUGCCCACUUGUCUUGUGCACAACCAUCUCCAGGCAGCGGUCGGAGAGGUCAGAUACUUUCCCCAAAUUCACUGUCACGGCCAAGAAUGAAGACCGGGACCCAUCCUUAGCUUUGUGGUUGAAACUAGUUGAAGUGGAAGUCUUCAAUUACAACAUAAUCAUCCAGCGGGCCUACAAACACACCGUGCUGAUAAACAAUGAGCGUCUCUACCUGCCCUUGAAACUGGGCCAAGGGAAAGUGAACAUCUUUGCCUUUGGUUUUCACAUUGUGGUGGAGACUGAUUUUGGUCUGAAGGUGGUGUAUGACUGGAAGACCUUCCUCUCUGUCACCAUCCCACGAAGCCUCCAGAACAGCACGUACGGCCUCUGUGGCCGCUACAAUGGCAACCCGGAUGAUGACCUGGAGAUGGCUAGCGGCACAAUGGCUACCACCAUCUAUGAGUUUGGUCAAAGCUGGGUGAAGCGGGACACGUUUUGUCAAGUGGGCUGUGGUGACCGGUGUCCUGCAUGUGGGAAGGUGGAAGGGUUCUGGAAACCCCAGCAACUGUGCAGCCUCAUCCCAAGCAAAAGCGGAGUCUUUGCCAAGUGCCACAGUAAAGUCCACCCCGGCUUCUUCUACAAGAACUGCCUGCUUGACACCUGCAUUGAUGGCGGAGCGACACAGACUGCUUGCAGUUGGCUGCAGAACUACGCCAGCACGUGCCAGACCCAGGGAAUAGCCAUCACCGGCUGGAGAAACUUCACUUCAUGCUCUGUCAGCUGUCCCCCCAACAGCCACUAUGAGAGCUGCGUGUCCGUGUGCCAGCCCCGCUGCGCUGCCAUCCGGCUGAAAAGCGACUGCAAUCAUUAUUGCGUGGAGGGGUGCCAGUGUGACCCUGGCUAUGUCCUGAAUGGCAAGAGCUGUAUCCUUCCCCACAACUGCGGCUGCUACUCAGAUGGAAAAUAUUACGAGCCCAAGCAGCUCUUCUGGAACAGCGACUGCACCCGGCGCUGCCGCUGCUUCCGUCGCAACCUCAUCCAGUGCGACCCACGGCACUGCAAGUCGGAUGAGGAGUGUGCCCUGCGCAACGGUGUCCGCGGCUGCUUCAGCACCAAGAGCUCCUACUGCAUCGCAGCGGGCGGCGGUGUCUUCCGGACCUUUGACGGAGCCUUCCUCCGCUUCCCAGCCAACUGUGCCUUCGUCCUGUCCACCAUCUGCCAGAAGCUGCCUGACUUCUCCUUCCAGCUCAUCAUCAACUUUGACAAGUGGUCAUCCCCCAACCUCACUGUCAUCUCCCCAGUGUAUUUCUACAUCAACGAGGAGCAGAUUCUCAUCAGUGACCGGAACACCAUCAAGGUGAACGGCACCCAGGUGAACAUCCCUUUUGUCACCGGGCUGUCAACCAAAAUCUACAGCAUGGAGGGUUUCCUGGUGAUUGACUCCAGCCCCGAAAUCCAGAUCCACUACAACGGCUACAACAUCAUCAAAAUCAGCAUCAGCGAACGGCUGCAGAACAAAGUGUGCGGCUUGUGCGGCAACUUCAACGGGGACCGGACAGACGACUACGUCACCCUGCGAGGGAAGCCGGUGGUCAGCAGUGUAGUGCUGGCUCAGAGCUGGAAAACCAAUGGCAUGCAGAAGAGCUGCAAUGAGCUGCAGUACUCGCAGUAUGCUGCAGCUUGCGACAACGUGCAGAUCCAGAAGCUGCAGAGCGACAGCUACUGCCUCAAGCUGACAGACAUGAAGGGCUUCUUCCAGCCCUGCCAUGGGCUGCUGGACCCUCUGCCUUUCUACGAGUCGUGUUUCCUCGACGGCUGCUACAACCAGAAGAAGUACCAGCUCUGCGGCUCCCUAGCUGCCUACGGGGAGGCCUGCCGUUCCUUUGGGAUCCUUGGCACUGAGUGGAUAGAAAAGGAGAAUUGCUCAGGAGUGGUUGAAGACCCCUGUGUGGGAGCCGACUGCCCCAACAGGAGCUGCGAGAUGGACAAUGGUGGGGAACUGUGUGGUUGCAUUGAGCCUCCACCCUACGGAAACAACUCCCAUGACAUCAUUGAUGCAGAAGUGACCUGCAAAGCCGCACAGAUGGAGGUCUCCAUAUCGAAGUGCAAGCUCUUCCAGCUGGGCUUUGAGAGGGAAGGGGUGCGCAUUAACGACCGCCACUGCCCAGGCAUCGAAGGAGAAGACUUCAUUUCCUUCCAGAUCAACAACACCAAGGGGAACUGUGGAAACAUUGUGCAGUCCAAUGGCACCCACAUCAUGUAUAAAAACACUGUCUGGAUUGAGAGUGCAAACAACACUGGAAACAUAAUCACUCGGGACCGAACCAUCAAUGUGGAGUUCUCAUGCGCAUAUGAGCUGGACAUCAAAAUUUCUUUGGAUUCAGUCGUGAGGCCAAUGCUUAGUGUGAUUAACUUGACAGUCCCAACCCAAGAAGGCAGCUUCACAACCAAGAUGGCCUUGUACAAGAACUCCUCCUACAAACACCCCUACCGCCAGGGUGAAGUGGUGCUAACCACCCGGGACGUGCUAUACGUGGGGGUCUUCGUCGUUGGAGCAGAUUCAAGCCACCUGAUUCUAACGCUGAACAAGUGUUAUGCAACCCCUUCUCGGGACAGCAACGACAAGCUGAGAUACUUCAUUAUUGAAGGAGGUUGCCAAAAUAUUAAGGAUAACACCAUUGGGAUUGAGGAAAACGGGGUGUCUCUGACCUGCCGUUUCCACGUCACCGUCUUCAAGUUCAUUGGGGACUAUGAUGAAGUUCAUCUCCACUGUGCUGUCUCGCUCUGUGACUCAGAAAAAUACUCCUGCAAAAUAAACUGCCCUCAGAGUUCCAGGAGUGCUGCUGAUUUUACCAAAGAGCCCAAGGAGCAGAUCAUCUCGGUGGGGCCCAUCCGGAGAAAGCGGUUAGACUGGUGUGAAGAUAACGGAGGCUGUGAGCAGAUCUGCACGAGCAGGGUGGAUGGGCCCCUAUGUAGCUGUGUAACAGGAACAUUGCAAGAAGAUGGCAAGAGCUGCAGAGCCUCCAGCUCUUCCAUUGAACCUCAAGCCUGGCUAAUUCUUCUCGUCAUAACCCAGCUAUCAUUGUGGCGUUUCGUCUAUAAAUCAGACCCGACCUCAUAAUUAAUUCAAGGCUUCUAUUUAAAGUACUGUAAUUUACUUACUCUAAAUCCCUAUAGGAUAAAAGCAUGUGUCCCUAACUCUCAGCCUGUACAUGAACAACAACAACAAAAGCUUUUAACUAUUGCAGUGCUGAAGCCGGUUGCCUGUUAAAGCCAUUGCAGUGACAUUACAAGCUAUUUUUUAUGCUGGAGGCAAUAGCAGCCAGGAUGGGGAAUUACAGGACCCAGACGCUCGCCUGAGAUGAAGCCACAGCACGCAUUUGUGCACAGGGCACAUUUGACCAAGAUUUCCCCAUGGCCUCCAGCCUGCACCGGCUUCUCCUCCUCCCAAACAACUUCACCACUGCCACACUGCGCCAUUGUCCCUCUGCCUCCCCUUGUCCCUGUUGUAGAGAAACACAGUGACACCCCCCCCCGACAUGCCACCAACACACCUCCGACCCACGCCAGCCCCCCCCCCCAGAAAGAUGGGAUCACCCACAAACACACUGACACCCACCCAGCACACCCACAAUACACCUCUGACACCCCCCCACCCCAAACAAAAACUAAGUUGCCCAGGAACAUGCUGACACGCCCCUGACACGCCCCCGGCAUGCCUCUGACACGCGCUGACACGCCCCCGGCAUGCCCCCGACACACCUCUGACACACCCCUGGCGAAAAACCGGCUCACUGACGAACACGCCGACACACCCCCGACACGCCC